CAAACACACACACACAUACUUCUUCGCUUUCUACGUCCUCUAUCAUCGUCCUCACUUCCUCUAUAUCCUUAAACUUACUUUCACUUUUCCUCUCAACCAGUCCAAGAAUUACAAGGAGAGAGAGAGAGAGAGAGAUUAUUUGUUGCUGUGAAAAUCCAUGGAAGUUGGCCGGAAAAUGGUGAACAUGAUCAGCGAAGGAAGCGAGAAAGGAAAGCUGAAUUUCGAGGCGACGGAGCUCCGGCUAGGGUUGCCAGGCGGAGGAGGAAGUGAAGACGAACUGACCAAGUAUAAUAGUAAUGGUAAUGGGAAGAGAUUGUUCGCGGAAACUGUGGAUUUGAAGCUCAACCUUUCAUCCAAGGAACCGGAUAUGGUUCCAGAAGAGAAAGGGAAGAAUUUGGCAAAGGAGAAAAAUAUUAUUUGCUCCAAUGAUCCAGUGAAGUCUCCGGCCAAGGCACAAGUUGUGGGUUGGCCACCGGUCCGAUCAUACCGAAAGAAUAUGGUAGCAGUCCAAAAGAACAGCAACGAGGAGAGAGAGAAGGUUAGCGGCAGUGCUGCCUUUGUGAAAGUUAGCUUGGAUGGAGCACCAUACCUUCGGAAAGUGGAUCUAAAGAUGUACAGGAGUUAUCAAGAACUCUCUGAUGCCUUGGCCAACAUGUUCAGUUCCUUCACCAUUGGUAAUUGCGGAAGCCAAGGAAUGAAAGAUUUCAUGAACGAGAGCAAGCUGAUGGAUCUUUUGAAUGGUUCUGAUUAUGUUCCAACUUAUGAAGACAGGGAUGGUGAUUGGAUGCUUGUUGGGGAUGUGCCAUGGGACAUGUUUGUUGAUUCCUGCAAGCGUGUGCGCAUAAUGAAAGGAGCGGAUGCCAUAGGGCUUGCACCAAGAGCUAUGGAGAAAUGCAAGAACAGAACCUGAUCAAAGGAGUUCUUCUAUUCCACCACGGCCUGCUCUUUGGAUCUUUGUAGUCCACUGAAAACAAAAGUAAAACAGCUACAUGAGAUGGAUUGAGAAGGAUGCUUGGUCGUGUUUGUAUUAUGAUGGUUUGAUAUAUUUAUGUGAGUGAGAUAUUUUAAGUAUUUAUCAUGGACAGAGACAAAAUAAUAAUAAUACUUAAUUGGACCUAAUUAUCUGAGUGAGUUUGUGAAUCUAAGUCCUUGCUAUCGUUGAAUUGACAGAUGGUUAGGUUGCAAUGAUAGAUGAAAUUUCUUAUCAAUUCAACGAUAACAAUCAGCAAAUUAAAUUAAAUAAUUAAGUCCAAAUAGAAUUAUUAAAAAAAUAAACUUGCCCCCCAAGACUUGGUUUGUUUUGCUUGUUUAAUGUAUCAAUGGUUU